CAGGGAAUUUAACCAUAGGGGAGGGUGAGCUGGGAACAGAACAGGACCCAGAGGGGCUGAAAUGAUGGAUAUGCUCAGGACUCGGGGUGUGGCACAAGGCUCUGGGUUGGAUCUUCUGCACCCAAAAAGGAGAGAAGGAGGAAAAGUAAGAGGACCACCUCAAAGCCCUGGACAGAGCAUUUGCGCAUGAUUGCUGAGAAGGUACUGCACAGCCUCAUAGAAGACAAGAUAAGAGGAAUUCAGGAGACAUCUAUGAAGAGCCCAGGCCCAUGGACCAUGAAGACCGUCUCUUUGAGUUCCAUUGUUCUCCUGGCCUUCUUCCUCGGUAUCCACCUUGGAGCUGCCGCACAAGAAAGCGACAAGCCUUGCUGCCUCUAUUACAGCCACCAUGUGAUCCCGUGGAACUGGGUGCACUCCUAUGAGAUCGCCAAAGGCAGCUGUCCCCAAGAUCUCAUGGUAUUCACUACAAAAAGAGGUAAAUUCUGUGUGCAACCAAAGGCCAAGUGGGUGCAGACAUACAUUUCUUUGUUGGAAGCCCAGAAGCAUCUGUGACCCUGCUGGAUUUUCAGCCCAAGGAUCUUUGACUUCAGUUCUUGGCUCCUUUGCCCUCGCGGAGCCUGAUGAAUUCCUUUAGACAGUUCGUAGUCCUGGUGGAAGGAGAACAUGGUUUCCAUUAGAGGUUUUUAAAAUAAAGAUUUGAUUUCACUAA